AUCAUGGUCUCACCGUCGUCGCUUGACACUCUCAUAGCCAUCGUGGAAUGGAAGGCUUUGGCCACAGCUACAGCUCAAGGCUUAUGAUUAUCGAUUGCAGACCCAGGCGCUAGCGAAAGCCGCACGAGUUAUAUGCGUGCCCACUGGUGUAGGCGCCCAACAGCUUCUGCAGUACGUUAUGCCACAGCUUCUCGAACUUCCUUAUUGUCUUUUGCGAGUUGCCUCGCGACAUACACCCUGCGGCAUCAUGGCCAGAAGGCUCUGCAAUUGUUCAUGUGACGGCAUCGCAUCCGCAUACGGCAAUCCACUUGUCCUAAAGGAGGUGUAGGUCCCCGUGUCUUUGUUCCUUAUGUGGCCCCGUCGAUUGCGGUGCGCGUAUAUAUACGGGGACUGCUGUAGGCGCCCCGCAUCUGCCAUAAACAUUGCCUUACUGCCCAUUGCCUCCCCCAUUGCUCACCUGCAUUGCCACAGUGACCCAUGGCGCCUCCGACCACCCACCUCCUCGCGCUGCUUACCCGGUUUUGCUACGACGAUGCUGUGGCACCGAAUGAGCAUCGCAGGGAGGACCUUCUGGACGUGCUCAUGAAGGACUCCAUGUUCGCAGUUACUGCCUGUCUGGAUGCACUUCAUGAAGCGCUUAUUCCUGAUCACAAGGAUAAGCGCGCGUCUUUCCCAGAUACGGAGCCGGACAUCAAGCACGCGAUGGAGGCGCUCAAGGCCUUCGGUCUCCUCUGCAACAUAUGCGGCGGCGACAGUGCCAUCUCCGACUUCCUCAUCGCGCGCUGGCCGUCCGCCCUCGCCUGGAUCCGAUUCUUCGACCCAUGCAAGAGGCACUUGCGUCCGUGCUCAGUAGCUCUGUACGCCCGUCCCGCGGACGCAAUCGCGCAGGCGCUCUCUGGCUACGUCCAGCUGCUGUACAACAAGGGCAUCCUCGACAACGAGCGCGUCUCCUUCAAGACCCUCCUCCGCUUCUGGAAGGACUUCCCCUGCCAUUUCCCCAUGACCGCGGGCGUGGGAGAGGAACCGAAGGAGGCGGACAUCCUGUUCCGCGGGCGCGACGCGGCGAUGACCGAGCUUCUCCUGCGCGUUCUCACGGCCCCGGAUCCGAAUGCGCGAGCGGCGGCGGCGCAGGCGAUCCUCGCUGAGGGCCAUGGUGACGCGAAGCCCUUCAUGUGCGCGGCGGCAAAGCGCAUGACUCUGUCGCAAGGGUUCGCGUACAUCCCGCGCGAGCGGUACGUGCACGACUUUCCCCGGCUCGAAGACCACAUCGUCCUGCGGUACCGGUACGCCGAAGUGUGCGUCGCACUCGUCGAGCUGGCGCCGCUGCACGACUUCUUGUCGUCGAGAGAGGCGGCGAUGGACGUGAUCAACGCUUUCCAUUUCUUCUCCAUGGUUUCCUUCGAUCGGGCCGCUGCGCUGAAAGUGUGCCAAGUGCUCGCGGUGCUGUGCGAGGCGUCGUUCAGAGCCUGCGAGGCUGCGCUGAGGAGGGGCGUUCUCGUUGCUUUACACCGUUUCCUGACGCCCCGGGCUGGGGAUAUCAUCCAGAUACGCCUGAACAAGGGCAGGAAUGACUUGGCGCCCGUCCGCAUGCUAGCCGGCGCGUUGACUAGUGCACUUGUUACCAGGCCGGUCCUCAAGGCCUUCGGGGAAGCGGUUGCGAAGUACAAUGUCGUCGACUGGGAGAUCCCACCCUCGAGGAUCUGGUACCGGCUGAUGAUCCGUUUUGCGCGACGCCAGCUGAACAUGGAUGCUUUCAGGCGUACUCUGAUCUGCACAUUGUGCCACGAAGAAGGAGCUAGGUUCUGCUGUGCAGAUACUUACUACUGCUCCGCCGUAUGCCAAGCAGCAGACCGGCAACGCCACCGGCCUUAUUGCAAUGGCCCCGCGAAGGGUGUAGCGCCCCCGAAACUAGAAAUCUUUGGCUUGGGUACCCGCGAUGAGAAGUUCGUCGUGUACGCUGCCCAUUGCGAGAUGCAGCGCAAGGGCCAAAUCUGGCGUACGAUUUCCGCGUUCCUCGAGCGUCCUACCGUCGUCAAGAGCGGGCGGGACGUACACGCGCGGCUUGACUUUAGGGCGCCGAACGUCAGCGUAACCCUCUGCCUUUCGACUGGCGCCUUGCGUGAAGCGGAUCCUGAUGAAGACGACGACGACCCCGAGAACGACGAGAACAAAGAGAACUCGCCACCUACGAAGACCGUGUUGGCCAUAACGCAUCAAACCGCCAAAGCGACCCCGCGCGUGAUUGUCGACGCCGUCUUCGACAGGUCCCAAUCGAUCGUCGUGCCGGUGGGCAUGUAUCGGUUCUCCUUCUUCGCGCCUACGCAAGAGUUCGAACCCAAGCCUAAGCUCGAGCCCAAGUCCAAGGUCGAGCACAAGCCCAAGUUCGCGCCCAAGCCCAAGCUCGAGCUCAUGCACAAGCCCAAGCCCACGCUCAAGCUCGAGCACCAGGCCACCCACAAACAGAAGCCGACGGAAACCAGCAUGGCCUUGAUGACGACGGUCAUCGAGUUCAUUGACACUGGAAAGCUCUCGGACCCCUCGGUGCUGUGCUCAGAUGAGUUCUUUGUGUGCGAGACGUCGGGAAGCGAGCCUCCGAGGUGUGGUGUAGCCAGUUUGAGGCGUCGCAGCGUUCCUGUCCCCGAUAAUCGACAAUCCCGUAGUUCCAGGAUUUUGACUGGGCUUCGAAAUGCUUUCGCGCUCCGGCGGAACUAAUGCCCAAGCGUGCAAUUGAGUCAAGGCCCUUCUUUAUAUGUGCUCCAUCCUUUAUGUGACCUAUGCCUAUCCUUGUAUCGUCCUAUGCCUACCCUCCUUAUAAACCGGCGCGCUAAUGUGUCCGGGUUAUGCCUAACUCCUGGUGUACUGUAUGGCUGUCUAAUGCAUACAUCAUCUACAUCUU